AUGCCAAGAGUUAGUAGAACUAUUCGUGCUAUAAAUCAUUGGAACCCUGUUGUUGGUGUUAUUAUGUUUCUUCAAGAGAAGAUUCGUGAUCUGAGUCGUCGUGUUGUUAACUGUCCUGUUCUCGAGGCAGAAGUUGAGAGACUUCGUAUGAAUUUACAAACUUUGGAGGAGAGAUUAAAUAGUAUUAGGAGGGAACGUCAUAGAUUCGAGAUGGAACGUAAUGAACUUGAAUGGGAGUGCUCUCUUCUACGGAGAAAUAUUAUACAAGAGUGGACACGAUAUUUGCGGGAUCCUGCUAGAGCUUAUCUACAAAGAUUUCAACUCUAUGAAUAUGAAAUAAGUUAUCUUGGUCAGGUACCAUAUCCAAUCCUUCCUAGACCUCCUCGAUGGGUUUCUACUUUAUCUUCCUCCAACCACCCUCCUACCUGGUCAGAGAACUCUUUCUGGAACAGGUCUAACCCUUUAAACUCUCUUCCUGAUCCUUCUUUCUCUGCUAAUAACUCUAAUAAUAAUGAAGAAGCUGUUAACAAUAGUGAAGCUGACAAUACUAAAGGUGAAAAGAAGAAAAAGGGCAAGUUUGUGAAAUCCAUUUCAAAACCAUUUCGAUCUCAUGGUGUCCCCACGAACCAGCAAAAGCCAUGCUUCCACUCAUCUCUUUUUGAUCAAUCUGAACAAAAAGUUACUGAAAAGGAAUACUAA